CCAAAAAGCAACGCCCCCGGGUGGGCUUGAACCACCAACCUUUCGGUUAACAGCCGAACGCGCUAACCAAUUGCGCCACGGAGGCAGAUGACUGCGUAGGCGAAAUACCUAACUACAAGCCCAAUGCAAUAGAACAACGUAUGACUGAGACAACAAUAUCAUUAAAUCGCUUACCUGAGAAACCUGUUUGGAGCUUUCAUGGCCCCUUCACUUCUAUUCGAUAAAGAUCACACAAAAGACUCUGUGUUCAAGAUUCUUCAUACAAAAUUGCGACGAAAUUAAUGUUGUUGGAAAGCUAUAGUGCUCAACAGUGUUUAUUAUGACUCGAUUCAACGCCCGUUUGAGGUUAUGUUGACAAGUUAAGUUUAUUCGAAAGCGUAUUUAGUAAAUACAUCGGUUUUGUUUGUUUAAUUGUUGAAAUAAUGAAUUAAACAAGUGUCUUGGUGAUGUUUUGUGUUUAAAUAGCAAAGACCUUGAGGUUAAAAGAGUGUUUUUGUGUCAUAAAGUUGUUCUCGCGUUUGUUUUGGUUGUAAAAACUUAGUGUACAUUAUUUCUUUCGUUGGUAUUUAAAUUAUCGUGUAAUCUAAACAAGUCGUCUAAUAAACAUUAAAGUGAUAACAAAGUGUUUAAGUGUUGUUUCGUGUUUUUAAGUGUAAAUGGCUAAUCGAGUCCCGGGGACUUGUUGUGCCGCGUCGGUGGAAAGGGCCGGCUUGCCAGGUCUCCUAAGGGAUCUUCAGCGACUCUCCGAAGACCAAGAUUCUGCAGACAUCGUUUUCAUCUUGGGAACGUCGGAGGAGAAAGUCUAUGCUCAUCGGAUUAUUCUAGUAGCCAGAUGCAAGAGUUUCCAAAAUACGAAGCGCGGCGAAGUAUGUCGCAUCCCGGGCUGCACGGUGACGCCAUCUGUCGGCGCGCCCGUGCCAGUUCGCAUGCCUCACGUACAGCCUGAAACCUUCCGACUGUUCAUACAAUACGUCUACACCGGCAAGCUACUACUUCAAGAUUCAGGCGUAUUUGAAAUGAUGACGUUGUCAGCGGAUUUAGGCGUAGAAGACCUCCGCGCGGCGUGUGAAGACCAUGUUACCUCUACUUUGAGCGUAGAAAGUGCUUGUACUUUGCUAGCAGCUGCUAUGGAUAUUCAAGAUCGUCCAGGUGGUAAAAGCGCCACAUCAUUCCUGGAGCGCUGCGUGGCGUUCAUCGGCGAGCACGCGGCGGACUGCGUGAGGACCAACGCGUUCCUCAACCUGCCCAAGGACGCGCUCAUCAAACUCCUGUCUUCUGACUCCCUAUGUUUAGAAGAGGAGGAAGUAUGGCGUUGCGCGCUAGCCUGGGCGAAGCAACGCGCAGGUGUCACCCAGCCUUGCGCCCACUGGACUGAAGAGGAGCGCGCCCGGGUGUGUCACCAUCUGGGGCCGCUUAUGACGCAUGUUCGGCUCCUGCUUAUUGACAGUUGUGUAUUCGCGGAGGAAGUGGAGCCAACCGGCGCAGUGCCAAUGGAGUUGUCUUUGGAGCGCUACAGGCGAGCCGCUUUAACAGCGCCUCAUCAUCAUACGCACGACUCGCGCACCAGACCUAGGCUAGCCGUGAACAUGUUCGCCGGCUCCGUCAUCCUGCAACAAGAGAAGAGCGCAUAUCAAGCUGUAAUCAAUAACUGGUGUGGCACCGGUAAACAAGUAUGGCGUCUGCUGUUCCGUGCGUCGGUGCACGGCUUCAGUGCGAGCGCUUUUCACAAGCAAUGCGAUAACGUCGCACCCGUUUUAGUACUAGUGCAGUUAUCCCGUGGCGAAGUGGUCGGCGGCUUCAGCGAGGCGGCGUGGGCGGGCGGCGGCGCGGGCGGCUACCUGCCCGCCGAGCGCGCCUUCCUGUUCGCGCUGCCUUCUGCACCGGGGCAGAGUCCUGUCAAACAUCCGCUGUUGAAGAAGGCCUUCGCGUUAUGUUACCAUCCGGAUUGCGGCCCAAUAUUCGGCGCAGGCGCCGACUUACUCAUCUCCAGCAACUGCAACGCCAACAGCGAUAGCUACAGUAACCUCCACUCUUACGGGGCUCCUGAUGCUUCGGGGUCACUUGCACCCGACUACAACUUCACUGUGCGCGACUACGAAGUUUUCACCUAUAAACACAACUGACUACGGAAACCGUAAGGAGCUCCUGAAGCUUCAGGGUCACUUGCACCCGACUACAACUUCACUGUGCGCGACUACGAAGUUUUCACAUAUAAACACAACUGACUACGGAAACCGUAAGGAGCUCCUGAAGCUUCAGGGUCACUUGCACCCGACUACAACUUCACUGUGCGCGACUACGAAGUUUUCACCUAUAAACACAACUGACUACGGAAACCGUAAGGAGCUCCUGAAGCUUCAGGGUCACUUGCACCCGACUACAACUUCACUGUGCGCGACUACGAAGUUUUCACAUAUAAACACAACUGACUACGGAAACCGUAAGGAGCUCCUGAAGCUUCAGGGUCACUUGCACCCGACUACAACUUCACUGUGCGCGAUUACGAAGUUUUCACAUAUAAACACAACUGACUACGGAAACCGUAAGAGGCUCCUGACGCUUCAGGGUCACUAACAACCGACAACAACUUCACUGUGCGCGACUACGAAGUUUUCACAUAUAAAAACACAACUGACUAUUGCAAACUAUACUCUCACCUGGCGCACUCACUACAGCAACGAUGCGGGCCUUGACGCUUCAGGAUCACUAGCACCCAACAACUCCAGCUAGCAAACUACUCCAACUGCACUAACUAUGCGCGACAUACUUAUAAUAUGUAUAGACACAAUUCUAUACGUGUUAUCUCUUAAAAAUACUUUUAUUGUAUAUUUUAUAUAUGACCUGUGGCACCAUAUGGAAUUAAUUAUGUGAUCGUCUUUCUGCUUAGUUGAUAAGUCUUCUUGAUACUUUUAAGCUCGAAGUAAUAGAGGUAUAUAAUUCUUGCCACAAAACAUUA